ACAUGAUUUAUUUCAGCUUUUCUUUCCUUCUUAAGAUGAGCUAUUAACUGAUUAUUUAGUUGAAUAGUAGGAUAAGCAUCAAUAUAUAAUCAUGGCGUCAAAAAUAAACCCUGAUUUGAGUGUUGCUAUCACUCCUGCUUCUGGACCAAAAAGCUCCAAUCAAACUCGACAAGCCCUCAAGACAAGCCAGAGUCGAUUAAAUACAACCAGCAAGAAGUCGAAACAUAAUAUCAGACAAACGUCGUCAAGAUACGACAGUCGUCAAGCAGAUGCUGCUUUAAGACAAGCAGCUGAAGGUGGUUAUCUCAUUUCACCAUCAAGGGCAUUUCUUCUUGAAAGAUGCAAAACAACCGACAAAGAAACUCGAUCCCUUCGUGAAAUAGAAUAUCUGCAACUCUCGUUCAUGCACAUCCGAACACUUGGACAUAUUCAAUCUUGUCGACAUUUGCGAGUUUGUAUUUUGAACAAUAAUUAUUUGACACGCUUCAGCGCACUUGCUAACUGCCCAGAAUUAAUACGAUUGGAUCUUCAUAGCAACCAGAUUACGAAGCUUCCAGAUGAAACAUUUUGGGCAAAUCUCGAAAGACUUAAGAUUUUAAAUCUCCAUGACAACGGGAUUGGUAAUCUAGACUCCGUUCAGGGUUUGUCCGUUUGCUCAAGGUUGACUGUUCUGACAUUGUAUGACACCCCAGUAUCAUUAAAACCAAAUUACAGACAUCACACAGUUAACAGUAUCUGGACUCUGAAAGCACUUGAUCAUCAUGUGGUUAGCGAUGAAGAAAUAAUUGAGGAUGCUCAGUUUAAUGGGAGAUUUCGGUCUUAUCAUCCAUCUCUUGCUAUUGAUCUUUGUCCAAAAGAAAAACUUCCUCCCUCGUCGCGUACUCUUGCUUUUGAACUAAAAGUUGUAAAAAGAAUUCUUCAAGACAUCAAUACAAUACUUGCACACGGUUCUCCUGUGAUUGUGAUUCAGAGGUGGAUACGAGGACAUCUCGCCAGAAAACGAAGAGGAAUAAAAUACAAUCAAAUUGUAGAGAAGUUACGAAAACAUUCUCGACUCAGUGCCACACAACCAACCCCAGGGGAAGGAUAUGACAUUGAUUUUGAUACUUAUAUGGAGAAUCGAAGGCCGGGCUCAAAGACUCCUAGUGGUGGAAAAAGCAGAAGAGCCGAGUCAUUUCCAAGUCGAUUACAAAGAGAGGAAACUGCCGACUCUACAGACAUGAACAUCCCAACUUCACUUCAUAUCAAUCUUGCCAAACUAGAAAAAGUUGCCAUGAAAAAGUUAUUGCAACAGUCACCAGAUCUGUCCGAAAUUGUUCACAUAACAAGAGGAGAAAAACCUCAGAAAGGUGUAGAAUUUGCUGAACAGAAAAAAGAUUCUCCGUCUCCGUACCGACAAAAAGCACGUAUAGAGCAAGGAAAACCCAAACGACGAGACCCACAAACCGUACAACAAAUGCUGGGACCAAAAGAAAGUCUUGUCCAACCACCAAGCCCCUCGAAAGCUCCUGGAUUUCCUUCUCAGCAUGCAACACCGGGACUUGAGUUGGGGGUCAAGGUUGAAGACCUGUGGGUGAAUGGAGAACAACCUCAGCACACAUGGAGGAUACAUAGCAGACAAUUCAGAUUAGAUGUUGAUAAACCUCCUGCAAUGGAGAUUGACCCCAUGCAAGAUCAUGUGAUGAUGACCCAGGAAGCAGGAAGGGAUAUCAGGGAAGCAGAAGAAUUUUGGCAUGAUCAACAGGAGAACAGACCUAAACCUGUUGCAAAGAGGCACAAACCAGAAGCCAGAUACAAAGACCAAGUUAGUCUGGCAACGCUCAUCGCUGUAUCAAAAGCAUAUAAAGACAGAGAUAGAGCAGAUCAACUUGCAUUGAAAAUGGAUAGAGUUUUAAAAAUACAACAAGAGAAAUUACAAGCGAAACAUAUCGUCAAUGCAUAUAAAGAAGAACGACGCAACAUGGCACUAAACAAACGUCAAGAAGAUAGAAUCAAAGUAACUCGUGCUUUACAACAACAAGAAAUAAACCGAGUUGCAUAUAUUGAAUAUGCCCAAGAAAGAAAAGAGAAAGCAAUUCGACACCACCAAGCAGUUCAUAAAGAUUUGAUGUUUGCUGCGGACUUUAGUAACCAACACACAUCAGUCUCUAGCGCCCUUGUGAGACAUGACCGACAGUCUAAUAUGGAUGAUAUUGUGGCAGAAAAGAAAGAGAUAGUAAAAGGAAUUCAGGUUCAGCUGUCUGAGCAAGCAGAUCUGGUACGACGAUACAUGGAACACAAACAAUUAAUGCAGCAAUUAGCUUGUGGACAAGAGAAGGCAGAAUUGGGUACGAGAGCUUUGCAAGAAGCAAAUGAAAGAGUUCUCAUGUCUAAACAAAGAGUCGCUGCAAUGAAGGCAAGGAAAGCAGCUAUGAAGGCGUUUCACCACCCUGCCACUGCUACUACUGGAGAAAGGCAUGAAGUCAACUCAACAACUAGUCUGAUGUCAGAUGGCUUACAUCCAUCACCAAGUUUCUUCCAGGAAGGUGGAGUUAUCUUUCCUCCCACUCCGGGGCGAGCACCGAAUGUCACUCCACGUAACACAGAGAGAGGUUCAACUUUCAUGUUCCCGCGACCCAAAACAACAGCUGUUGUUGAACUUCCUCCUGUUCCGCGAGGCAUAAACGGCCUCCAAACGCAAAGUGUACUGGGUCCCAGGCAUCAUCCCAUAUUAACUCUCUCUACAUAACAUUCUUUUGCUAGUGUGAAAUAUAUUUUUGUAUUUAAAGCCAUAUUUUGAUCAAAGUUUAUAAUGAUUUUAUUAUAUUUUAUGACUCAUUUAUUAUCCAUCCCAUUAUGAAGUAGCAUGUUACAAAAAAUUGCAUAAUAAGUUUUGCUACUAGACUCGAUUGAACAAUAGAAAGUCCGGAAUGUAAUAUAUAUGAAUGUUUCGCAUAGAUUUACUGAUAAGACAUCUAUAAUUUGAGAUGGAUCUCUACGGUACCUCAGUCGUAACCUAUAUACUUGAAAUAGGAUUUUGUCUUUAGCCCUGGGAGAACAAAUCCAAUUUGAUAGGCUGAUAUGAUUCUUUAACUGGCCACCACUUGAUUAGAUAAUUAUAUAAGAAUAGCUAACAAUUCAAUGUUCCAAAUGUCUUGAGCAGAUUUUCUGAGCAUUGCUUGGGAUCACCGGUAUAUUUGAAUCGUAACAACAGCCUGAAGCAGGAUUUCAGUAUAAUUAUACACCCCAUUGAGCAAAUACUCUUGCAAAGCCAACUCUACUGUAUAACAAACAGUUUGCCUUCAAUAAAUUUCAAUCAGGAGCCUAACUUGUUUAUAUUUACACUUGCCUCAUUUUCACACUUUUCAUUGCUUAAAAAUAUAUAUAUGCCAGUGGA